GCGGGCAGCCGGGAUAGACUGCUUCGGAGCUGCAGGUCCCAGGGCAGAGGCGAAGACCCCGGCGCUGCCCAGCCACAGCCUGGCCGCCUGAUCUCCCUCGCGCCCACUCCAGCUGCCAUCUCCCUCCCGGCAGAGGGCUGCGUGGGCGGGAAGACGCUCAGACGCCAGCUUCGGUCCCCUUUCUGUCUCUCGGUUCCUCUUGUCUCCCAAGUAAGGGUAUAAACGGCGAGGAAGGAGCGCCCCGCGGGCCACCGCGCAACCAAGUGUUGCAUGGUGAGGAAGAGCCAGGAUUUCUUACUUGCAGGAUUGACCUGGACUGCAGACAGGAGGAUGCUGCCUGAGGAAUAGCAGAUGUCUUUUCUCAUCUGCUAAGAGGUCCCCACUGCUGCCAUAGACAAGUCCUCUGGGGAAUCUCCUGAAGUGCUUAUCCAUUACACACCUGCAAUGAGCCAGGCCCUGGGCUGGGCCACAGCUUUACCCUGGUGACACUACAAGGUUCCUGGCCUCCAGGCACUCUCACGAAGUUAAAGAUGAGUGAAGAACAGUGGAUUUCCCUCACUCCAGAAGAAUUUGGACAGCUCCAGAAAUAUUCAGAAUAUUCCUCCAAGAAGAUAAAGGAUGUCUUGACUGAAUUUAAUGAGGGUGGGAGCCUCAAACAAUAUGAUCCACAUGAGCCGAUCAGCUAUGAUGUCUUCAAGCUGUUCAUGAGGGCGUACCUGGAGGUGGACCUUCCUCAGCCACUGAGCACUCACCUCUUCCUGGCCUUCAGCCAGAAACCCAGACAGGAGACCCCUGACUGCCCAAAGGAGGGAGCCAGCCGCAGCGAGGCCACUGGCCCAGAUCCUAAUACACAGAGUGCGGAUAAUGCUGCCAAAGCAGAUGAGGCCUGUGCCCCUGACACUGAAUCAAGGAUAGCCAGGAAGCAAGAACCAGCUGAAAAUCAGGUGGCUGCCACCUUCCCAGGAGCCCCUGCUGCUUCAUGCUCAGAAUCUGCCAUCGUGUACCUGAAGGAUGUUGUGUGCUACCUGUCCCUGCUGGAGACAGGAAGACCCCAGGAUAAACUAGAGUUUAUGUUCCGUCUCUAUGAUUCAGAUGAGAACGGUCUCCUGGACCAAGCGGAGAUGGAUCUCAUUGUCAACCAAAUGCUGCAUGUCGCCCAGUACCUGGAGUGGGAUCCCACAGAACUCAGGCCUAUAUUGAAAGAGAUGUUGCACACGAUGGACUAUGACCGGGAUGGAUUUGUGUCCCUACAGGAAUGGGUCCAUGGAGGGAUGACCACCAUCCCAUUGCUGGUCCUCCUGGGCAUGGAUGACUCUGGCUCCAAGGGGGAUGGGAGGCACGUCUGGACCAUGAAGCAUUUCAAGAAACCGACCUACUGCAGCUUCUGCCACAUCAUGCUGAUGGGCGUCCGGAAGCAAGGCCUGUGCUGCACUUACUGUAAAUACACUGUCCAUGAACGCUGUGUAUCCAAAAACAUUCCAGGAUGUGUCAAAACGUACUCAAAAGCCAAAAGGAGCGGCGAGGUGAUGCAGCACGCAUGGGUGGAAGGGAACUCCUCUGUCAAGUGUGACCGGUGCCAUAAAAGUAUCAAGUGCUACCAGAGUGUCACCACACGGCACUGCGUGUGGUGCCGGAUGACGUUUCACCGCAAAUGUGAAUUAUCAACGUUGUGUGAUGGUGGGGAACUCAGAGACCAUAUUUUGCUGCCCACCUCAAUAUGCCCCAUUACCCGGGACAGGCAAAGUGGGAGGUCUGAUGGCAGUGUAUCAGCCAAGGGAGAGCUUGUAAUGCAGUAUAAGAUCAUCCCCACCCCGGGUACCCACCCGCUGCUGGUCUUGGUGAACCCCAAGAGUGGAGGGAGACAAGGAGAAAGAAUUCUUCGGAAAUUCCACUACCUGCUCAACCCCAAACAAGUUUUUAGCCUAGACAACGGGGGGCCCACUCCAGGAUUGAACUUUUUCCGUGAUACUCCAGACUUCCGGGUUUUAGCCUGCGGAGGAGACGGGACAGUUGGCUGGAUUUUGGAUUGCAUUGAUAAGGCCAACUUGGCGAAGCAUCCACCAGUGGCUGUUCUGCCCCUUGGAACAGGAAAUGACCUUGCCCGUUGUCUCCGCUGGGGAGGAGGGUAUGAAGGGGGCAGCUUGACAAAAAUACUGAAGGACAUUGAGCAGAGCCCCUUGGUGAUGCUGGACCGUUGGCACCUGGAAGUCAUCCCCAGAGAGGAGGUGGAAAAUGGAGACCAGGUCCCAUACAGCAUCAUGAACAACUAUUUCUCCAUCGGUGUGGAUGCCUCCAUUGCACACAGAUUCCAUGUGAUGAGAGAGAAACACCCUGAAAAAUUCAACAGCAGGAUGAAGAACAAGCUGUGGUACUUUGAAUUUGGCACCUCGGAGACCUUUGCAGCCACCUGCAAGAAACUCCAUGACCACAUAGAAUUGGAGUGUGAUGGGGUUGGGGUGGACCUAAGCAACAUCUUCCUGGAAGGCAUUGCCAUUCUCAACAUUCCCAGCAUGUACGGAGGCACCAAUCUCUGGGGAGAAACCAAGAAGAACAGGGCUGUAAUCCGGGAAAGCAGAAAGAGCAUCACUGACCCCAAGGAACUAAAAUUCUGCGUCCAAGACCUCAGUGACCAGCUCCUUGAAGUGGUGGGGCUGGAGGGAGCCAUGGAGAUGGGACAGAUCUACACCGGCCUGAAGAGUGCGGGCAGGAGGUUGGCCCAGUGCUCCUCUGUUACCAUCAGGACCAACAAGCUGCUGCCAAUGCAAGUGGAUGGGGAGCCCUGGAUGCAGCCGUGCUGCACGAUUAAAAUUACUCACAAGAACCAAGCGCCCAUGAUGAUGGGACCUCCCCAGAAGAGCAGCUUCUUUUCAUUGAGGAGAAAGAGCCGCUCAAAAGACUAAACAGCCAAUGCCAGCUAAACCAAGAGCGCAAGCGAGAAACUGUAACUACACACUCACACACACAUUUAUGUGCACUCACACACACAUACAAACACACACACUCUUCUCCAACCAGUGGAAGCGAAGCCACCCUUCAGGAAGAAAACUUCACCUUGCUCUAUGUCCUACCUAUUUCAAUAACAGAUACACCCUAACAGAGCCAGUGCCAACAUAACACUUGGAAUGUUCUUCAGGCCCACGAGGGUGGGGUUAGCUCAUGCAGCAACUUUCACGUUCCCACAGGCCCUGAGGAGGACUUUCUGGGACUGAGGGAGAGAUCCCCCUCCUUUCCACUAUCCCUGCAAGUUUCCUUAUGGACACUUGCUAGGAGCAGGCUGCAGGUUUCCUGCCUACGGUGAGGUCGGAUGUGGCCGAGGGAAAGGGCUUCAGUUCCAGGGAACUUGCACAAAGGUCCUUCUGUACAGAGACAAACAGCCCAUGGCUCCAGGAGCAUACUCCUGGGCAGGGCUCAGCAAGCACACAUUGGUUUUGUUUCAGAGUUGUCCUUUGAGCACAACUUCUCCCUGAACUUGCUAAGGAGGCAGAAAGGCUGUGGAAAGCUGUUUCCAUUCUUGGUUCUCUGCGCUGUCAGUGGGCACUUAUUUUCCCGAAGCCUUCUCCUGGUGACUGUGUGUUUGUUUAGAGGUGGCUCCAAGAGCCCCCAGAGCUGCCUGUGCAGCGCACCUUAGAUGUGGUAUUUAUUUUCUUAGUUCUGUGAACACCUGGGAGGGAAAGCAGAGAAACUGGGAUUUAUUUUUCAAAUUGGUGUCAUAAUAUUGUGUAAAAAAGGAAGAAAAAAAAACCACCCCCAGCUUCUUUCUUUUUCAAGCCAAAGCAUGUUUCCUGUUUGAGUUCCAAGCCUUGGUGGCAGACUAUUCCUGAAGUCAGAGAUGGGAGGGAAGGAAUUUUGCUGGGAAAACCAGGAGACAAACCACCGGGCGGUUCCCUCCUGCUUCUUUGCACUUACCAUUCCCAGAGUACGACCUGAAGGACCUUCUGGUGGUCUUACAUGUGUAUAUAUCUGUAGCAUAUAUAUUUAUAUAUAAAUAUUUAUUUACUGAUGGACUUUUCCCGAUUGGAAAAAAAACAUAGGUAAUAUGGGGACAGAAAGUGGGAAAGGAAAAAGCUCCUUCCUCUCCAACUCCACCGGUUCAUUGUCAAGACACAUUGCCCCAUGGUGAUUAUAAAGUUUAAAAGAAACAGAAGUAGCUCCCUAUCAUGAAGAGCCUGAGAACACCUAUUCCGGAUCCUCUAAACAACCAUGGUAUGCUAGGCAAGAUUUACCUCCCUGUUUGUCAGAUGAUGAAACUGAGCCUCAGGGAAGUUGAGAGACUUGUCUAUGGUGGCUCAGUAUUGGGGUUUGAGAGUAGGUGCUACUAAGAAGAUAUCUAAUAGAGAAGAGCCCACACAUCUCAGAAUAGGAUCUUGAUUCCACUUGGAUCCAGUUUCCCAGGAAAAAACUAGUAAAGCAGCAUGUGCGUGGUUGGGACAAGCCCACAGAAGAAAAUGAGAGUUUCGUGAUGCUUCCUGGAGGUGCCGUGUGGCCUGAACUAGAAAGAAGUUGACCUGAGGUUGAAGACAGUAGACAGAUCGUCAGAUGGAACUCUCCACAUGUCACCUGAUCAUGGUCGGCAUAAUCUCUUAGUUGGAAAACUCCUCUGACUGCAGGGAUGACUUCAGUGGAGAGUCACAGGGAGAUCGAGUCAACUUUGCAAGGAACUGCCAGCCAGAACAGAAGGGUCUCAGCAGAGCUCAGCAGGCUUCAUUCAUUUUGCACCAGUGUUACCCUCCUUUCCCAAGGGCAAGUCUGUGCAGAGCUUCAUUGGGACUUCAUCCUUCUCUGAGAUUGCUCAAGAGGAAAAUUGGACUCACUUGACAUCACUCCACUGAGCUGCCUCUAAUCUCCUUUGAACAAGAAAGGGAACAUCAGAUUAUGUGUAUAGAUUGAGCCUAACUCUGAAGGAAGCAAUCAUUUUGGACCAUCUAGGACCAAGAUCUAGCACCACUGGCUCAACUUCACGGUGCAGAAUGUCACGCAAAGAGAAAACCAGGCUACCUGAAGAAUAUCCCUUAAUAACAGGAUCCUUGGUAAUGGGACCAACGACCUCCAGAAUGACUACAGGUACUAUCUUGGAAACUACCAGAUUCUGAAACAAAGGCAAGUUAGGGGUUGGCGGUCACCGAUUCUAAGACACAUACAGAAGCUUUUGCAUGUGUUUCAGUCUUGCUCCCCCAAGAUUGAGGCUGUUGAGACAUGGCACUCUCAACAGAUGAAAUUGAUUCUCAAAGCCUCGCAAGUCUCACAAAGGGGCCUGCAGAGACUGGCCCCUUACCUGCUCUAUCCUAGUGCACAAGACUUCCAAUGUCACUUGAGAGACAAAUUCCAAGUCCUCCUUAGUAGAGGCACAGAGUGUAACAAACUUCCGUGGAAAUGUACUUACAACUUGGCAACCUUAGUAAGUCUUGUGUUGUUUAAUCUUACCUUACAAAUCACCCUUGAAACACUGUGACUGUGGUUUCUUACUGUAGAGUACUCUCCCAUCCUGACCCUCAUGGCAACCUCUGAGGUUAGCAGAGAAAGUACUAUUAUCUCAAUCUUCAUGAGAACAAGGCUUAAUAAAUCUUACUGACUCCUUGAAGACACACAGUCAAGAGAAAACCCAGUCCCUUAUUUCUUGUUUUAUUCUGAUUCUGACCAUGCUACAGACAUGUUCUCACCUGCCCCCACACUUCUAUCCCACCAGCAAUAAAAACAAUA